GGGAGGGCGGUGGCGGCCGGAAUUGACGGAUGCGGCCGUUGCUGGCCUGAGAUGAGCUGCUGUUGAAGAGAUUCGGCUGAUCCCCGGGGCUUUGGUGUCUGGGUGAAGAUUUCUGGCGUCUGCGGCUUUUGUUUUCUUUCCCAUAACUGAGUGAAAAGAUGUUGCAUUUCUAUCGCUGAUUCUAUCUCAUCCAAUCAAAGCAAAACUGUUCAGAAUGACAGCAAUCAAGCAUGCAUUACAGAGGGAUAUUUUCACUCCAAAUGAUGAACGAUUGCUCAGCAUUGUCAAUGUUUGCAAGGCAGGCAAAAAGAAAAAAAACUGCUUUCUGUGUGCCACAGUAACAACAGAGCGACCAGUUCAAGUAAAUGUUGUUAAGGUGAAGAAAUCAGAUAAGGGGGAUUUCUACAAACGGCAGACAGCAUGGGCUUUGCGAGAUUUGGCUGUUGUUGAUGCUAAGGAUGCCAGCAAGGAGAAUCCAGAGUUCGAUCUACAUUUUGAAAAAGUGUACAAGUGGCUUGCUAGCAGCACAGCUGAGAAAAAUGCUUUUAUUUCUUGUAUUUGGAAACUUAAUCAGCGAUACCUUAGAAAGAAGAUUGAGUUUGUCAAUGUUAGUUCACAGUUAUUGGAAGAGUCUGUUCCAAGUGGUGAAAAUCAGAGUGUGGCUGGUGGGGAUGAAGAAUCUUUGGAUGAAUACCAGGAGUUGAACGCAAGAGAAGAACAAGAUAUUGAGAUAAUGAUGGAUGGUUGUGAAUAUGCCAUCUCAAAUGCUGAAGCAUUUGCAGAAAAAUUAUCCAGAGAAUUACAAGUGUUGGAUGGGGCCAACAUCCAAUCCAUUAUGGCUUCCGAAAAGCAGGUGAAUAUCCUAAUGCAGUUGCUGGAUGAAGCUCUUAAAGAAGUGGAUGAGAUUGAGUAUAAACUGAGCAGUUAUGAAGAAAUGCUACAAAGUGUAAAGGAGCAGAUGGAUCACAUUUCUCAAAGCAAUGACCUCAUACAACUCAGUAAUACUAAUAAUAUGAAGCUCCUGGAAGAAAUUGAAUUUCUUGUGAAUUAUUUGGACCUAUCCAAAGGCCACAUUAAAGCCCUUACCGAUGGAGAUCUUUCUUCUUCUAAAGGUAUUGAAGCAUGCACCAAUGCUGCCGAGGCCCUUCUACAGUGUAUGAAUGUGGCCCUUCGACCAGGACAUGAGGAGCUUCAUGCAGUGAGACAGCAGCAACAGCAGUUCAGGGAUCUGCGCGAACAGUUUGCUAGGAGACUGACCAACCAUCUUAAUAAUGUCUUUGUUCAGCAGGGGCAUGAUCAAAGUUCAUCCUUGGCUCAGCACUCAGUUGAGCUGACUCUCCCCAAACACCUCCCAUUCCAUCGAGAUCUACUUAGAUAUGCCAAACUAAUGGAAUGGUUGAAGAAUACUGAUCGUGAGAAGUAUGAAGGUUUGAAUAAGAACUAUGUAGACUAUAUUUCCAGGCUGUAUGAAAGGGAAAUUAAGGAAUUCUUUGAGGUUGCAAAGGUCAAGAUGACUGGAACGUCAAAAGAAGGAAAAAAGUUUGCCACACUUCCUCGAAAAGAGAGUGCUGUCAAACAAGAUAUAGAAAGUCUUCAUGGAAGUUCUGGAAAACUCACAGGUUCUACCUCGAGCCUAAACAAACUGUCCGUUCAGGGAUCAGGAAAUCGUCGCUCUCAGUCAUCCUCACUGCUUGACAUGGGAAAUAUGUCGGCUUCGGACCUUGAUGUGGCUGAUAGAACCAAAUUUGAUAAGAUUUUUGAACAGGUCUUGAGUGAACUAGAACCUCUGUGUUUGGCUGAACAAGACUUCAUCAGUAAAUUCUUCAAGCUACAACAAAGUCCAGCUUUACCAGGAUCAGUAGUGACAGACUCUAGUGAGGUGGAUGGAGGACAUCUGUCUCGGUCACAUAAUCUUUUGGGAGACAAGUUCUCGGUGCCAUCUGAAAAAGAGGAGGCAAGCAUUAUUCGAUCAAUGAUGAUUAAAGUUUUCCGCUGUAUUGAGCCAGAGCUAAACAACCUCAUUUCGCUUGGAGAUAAGAUUGACAGCUUUAACUCACUGUACAUGUUGGUAAAGAUGAGCCAUCAUGUUUGGACAGCAGAGAAUGUGGACCCUGCAUCCUUUCUUAGUACCACAUUAGGAAAUGUUCUUGUGACAGUUAAGAGAAAUUUUGACAAAUGCAUUUGGAAUCAAAUUAAGCAGAUGGAAGAAGUGAAGAUAUCGAAGAAGAGUAAAGUUGGAAUUUUACCAUUUGUAAGUGGGUUUGAAGAAUUUGCUGAACUAGCAGAGUCCAUCUUCAGAGCAGCAGAACGAAGGGGUGACCUGGACAAGGCCUACACCAAACUAAUUCGGGCAGUUUACAACAAUGUGGAAAAAGUCGCUAAUGAAAGUCAGAAAACUCCAAGAGAUGUUGUGAUGAUGGAAAACUUUCACCACAUUUUUUCAACACUCUCUCGCCUUAAAAUUGCGUGUCUAGAGACAGAAAGGAGAGAAGCCAAGCACAAAUAUACAGAGCAUCUGCAAUCUUAUGUGAUAUACUCUCUGGGGCAACCUCUUGAGAAACUUAAUCAUUUCUUUGAGGGGAUUGAAGCACGUGUAGCACAGGGUAUCCGGGAAGAGGAAGUGAGUUAUCAGCUGGCCUUCAACAAGCAAGAGCUAAGAAAGGUUAUCAAGGAAUAUCCUGGAAAGGAAGUGAAAAAAGGGCUGGACAACCUGUACAAAAAAGUGGACAAGCAUCUCUGUGAGGAGGAAAACUUGCUGCAGGUUAUGUGGCAUUCAAUGCAGGAUGAAUUCAUUCGUCAGUACAAGCACUUUGAGGGACUGAUAGCUCGCUGUUAUCCUGGAUCUGGGAUUACAAUGGAAUUCACCAUUCAAGACAUUCUGGAAUAUUUCUCUAGCAUUGCUCAAUCUCACUGAAGUGAGUGAAUGAUAAGUAUGUCCUAUAGAAUUUUCAUGAGAUAUUCUUUGCUGAUUCCUGUAAGAGGUUCCUUUUGGAGGAACUGUCAUUUAACGUUAAUAUUGUCUGCAUUUAGAAAAAUGUUCACUCUAGUAGCCCAAAGCUGAGAAGCAACUAGUUUUUCUGGGAUUGUCUACCAUUAACUUGUGUGUAUUAGUAAAAAUAUAUGCUCCGAUUAGGGAUACAGAUGUGCGAUGCUCUGUGAUGUGUUACUUCAUAUGAUUGGAGGUUCCAGUUUAAAGAAAUGUAAUAUGUUUGCAAUUAUUACAGUUUUUUUAAAAUACAGCUUCUGACAUCAAAUAACAGUUUGAUGUUACAUACUUAAUCUAAUUACAGUCUCUGACCAAAGAGAUGUUUAUGGCCAUUUAAUUUUUUUUGUAGUUUUAAGGAAAGAUUCAUAGCUGUUGAAAAAUUACUGAGCUUAAAUGCAUUUUCAAAGAAAUAGAUUUUAAAGAAGAUUAUUUCUUCUAACAUAAUUUUACCAUCAUGUAUAAUAAAAAUAUCUGCCGUAUCUUAGAAUAGAGCCAAAGGCCAACUAAGUAAACUGCAGUCCAACAUAUAAAAUUCCAACAUGUUAAUUCAUCUUUUUCUUCAAGUUUCUGUAGAAACCUAUUAAACAUUAAUGUGUAAUAUUUCAGAACAUUCAAAUUGAGCAAAUAGAGAGCAGAUUUUAAUGGAAUAUUUCACCCUUGAGAAACAAUUUUUAAAAGUAUUUAUAGAAAUAUUUAAAACACACAUCUCAAAAUAUUUAUCUAAACUCCAUGCAAUAAAUAGAAUGCACAGAAAAUAAAUUUGGAAGAUAGCUUCGUCUUUGGAAUGGCAGAGAAUUAAGCACCUGGCAAAUUUUACACACUUAAGAAUGAUCUAUUAUUUAUUUUGCAAUGCUAUGCAGAGUAGGACAAAUCAAAACUAACACUGGAAAUAAAUGCAUUAAUAUACUCACAUAUGGUAGUACUUGGUAAUAAAAAAGAAAAUAAUCUUUAACCUAAUAUUUAUCUAACAUACAGAAGAUAGUUCUGUGAUGCUUCUAGUAGGCAUAUGCACUAAUCCAUUAUAAACACUAAUCAUGUUGCAAAGUAUACCAAAUGAUCUGCUCUUGUGCAUUAUUGUGAAAACAGUAAUUUAGCAUUUAAAACACCUAAAGAUUAAUUAUUGUAUUGCACGUUGAUGUCAAAACAGCAUGGAGGUUCUUUAAUUAUAAUAAACCAACUAAAAUAAUUGGAGGCAGUAAUCUAUAUUGCAGACCAUUUGUUAGAAUUAAGCAACCCAAAUUUUAUUGCAAAACUCAUGACAGAUGUAUCUCUUAAAUCUAGCCUAUGGAAUUCUUUCAACAUUUAUAUCUUUUGAAGGCUUCUCCAAGUAAGAGGGAGAUAGUUUUGUUCAGGAUGUAAAUGAAACUUGAGUGACUUUUUUUAUAUAUAUACUACAUUAAAUUAAAUCAUUUGAUAACAUUUUGUAUAUAGACAAUAUCUUGUCUCGUAACCACUUAAGCAGCAUAGUCAUUAAAUAUUAGUAAAGGUGAUUUAUAGAUUUAACUGAUCCAUUUAAUCAUGCAAUCUGAAAAUAUCCAUGUUUCAGCAUUAUGAAUGAAGAUGCAAUUAAAUUUAGUAACACUGAAGAGGACAUCAAGAUAUUUACAUUAAGGUGCAUACAGUGUUGUUACUGCAAGUACCUUUUAUCAUGUUGGUAUGCCUUACAAUAUAAAACACAUUUUAGAUUUUGUAUUUUGUUGAUGCCAAACUUGUACCUUGAUUAGGCUUUCAAAAUUUACUGUUGAUAGCUUACUUCACUUGACUUGCGUCAUGUUGUCAAUCUUUAUAAUGGGAAUUUAUCAUUUACUCUGUAAACAGUAAAAUUGUAUGGGGGAGAAAAAGUGAUUCUCAUGACCUCAUAACAAUGUAUCACUAUUUAAAACACUAUCAAUAAAAUAAAGUGAACUUGA